AUUCACUAGAAAUAUUGAAAUAAAGGAGUAAGAUUGGCGAAACCAAGCUAGUGUGACACACUCAUCAUGACUCCCUUUGGGAAAUCCCAAAUGCGAAAAAAAGCAGUAAAGGCAGCUCCAAUCGCAGCACUGCUAACACUCCUCCUAACAAUCUUCUUAUACUUGUCCUCCUCCUCCUCCUCCACCGCCAAAGCCUCCUCCACCGCUUCAACCACCAAAUUAUCCCAAACACUCCCCUCACGCGCCAGCGCCGAUAAAUUAAUCAAAUCGGCGGCGGAAUGCGACUUAUUUACGGGCCAAUGGGUGCGGAAUCCGGAGGGCCCGUACUACACCAACGAGACCUGCAAUCGUAUCCAGGAGCACCAGAACUGCAUGAAGUUCGGGCGGCCCGACACCGAGUACCUCAGGUGGAAGUGGAAGCCCGACGGCUGCGACCUUCCCCUCUUCCAGCCCAAUCUCUUUCUCGAAUUGGUCAGGGGAAAGUCGUUGGCGUUUGUUGGUGACUCCGUCGCUAGGAAUCAUAUGCAGUCCUUGCUCUGCCUCUUGUCUAAGGUCGCACGUCCCGAAGAGACGGCAGAGCCAUCGGGAAAACAAAUAUGGUUCCGAUACAAAGAGUACGACUUCAGCAUUUGCCUUUUCUGGGCGCCGUAUCUAGUCAAGACCGGAUCCCUCGACACCACCACGGGCCGCCCUUUCGACCUAUACCUCGACGAGGUCGACGAGACCUGGUCGAGCCAAGUCGCGCAGUUCAACUACGUCGUCAUCUCGGCAGCCCACUGGUUCUUCCGCCCGAGCUACUUCCACUUCAACGGCACCCGCGCCGGCUGCGUCUACUGCCCGGAGCCGUACGAGGACAUCGAGCACCUCCUCCCGUCCUUCAUCUACCGCCACGCCUUCCACACGGCGUUCAACGCCAUCAAUAGCGCCCCGGGAUACAAUGGGGUGACGUUCGUGCGGACGCUCUCGCCCUCGCAUUUCGAGGGCGGGACGUUCGACAACCACGGGAACUGUCUGCGGAUGAGCCCCGUGAAGAGGGACGAGGCGGAGCUGGAGGAGAGGGAGGCGGAGUUUCACAAGAUUCAGCUGGAGGAGCUGGAAAUUGCAAGGAAAGCAGAGAAGGUAAAUGGAGGGAGGUAUGAGCUGUUUGAUGCAACCAUGUCUCUGUUGCUGAGGCCGGAUGGCCAUCCGAGUAAAUAUGGGAGUCCGCCAGGGGUAAAAUUGGUAAUGCGGUAUGACUGUGUGCAUUGGUGUUUGCCUGGACCCAUUGAUGCUUGGAAUGAUUUUUUGCAAGAGUUGCUCAGGAGAGAAAUUCAAGACAAGUAAAAAGUUACUGCUACUACUAUUUGUUUUUUUUUUAUGUGACGAAAAAUUACUGCAAUUAUAUAGUUAAUUUUGGACGAUUAAUCUUUAAUUAUGAUAAGAUUGUAUGUCUGUGUGUAUUUACUGAUACGAAGUGAAUCAAGUUAGGAACUUCUAUUA